AACCCUAUUGUUUUGCCCUCGACAUCUUCAACGCUGGAUUGGAAGAAAAAAUCCAGAAAAAAGGUUGAAGAACUACCAGAAAAAAAAGAAAACAAAAUUGGAGGAGGGGGAGGCGAGAAGAAGGAGAAACGGGGAAGGAUCCCUUCUUUGGGUGAGGAUUUGAGGAAUCGAAAUCUCUGCAAUCCGAUCCUUCUCCGCCUUUGUGCUUUGAUAUUCGGUCAAUGGAUUCGGAUCUCUGGAUUUCUCGCCUCGCCGCCGCCAAGAGGCACUACUCGCGCCAGCACCACCAGAACUCCCAAUCAGAUCGUUUCUUGCUCGAUGAUUUUGAGAUGGAAGAGGAGGUCCGGCCGGAUUUCCCGUGCCCGUACUGCUACGAGGAUCACGACAUCACGUCUCUGUGUGCCCAUUUGGAAGACGAGCAUCUUUUUGAGUCCAAAAUCGCCCCCUGCCCCAUUUGCUCUGCUAAGGUUUCAAGGGACAUGCUGAAUCAUAUCACCCUGCAACAUGGUCAUCUGUUCAAGUUGCAGAGACGUCGAAGAUUACGUAGAGUUGCUAUUCCUAACAGCCAGGCACUUUCUUUGCUGGGGAGAGAUCUACGAGAGGCUCACUUACAGGUGCUUUUUGGAACUGGGGGCCACUGUUCUGGCAGCACGAAUGCAUCGACCGCAGUUACUGAUUCACUUAUUUCUUCGCUUGUUUUGAAUUUCCCUACUACUGAAGUAGAGGAAGCUGUAAAAUCUUCUGUUCCCACUGCAGAGGAUACUUAUAUCAAAAAAGUUACACCUUCACAAACAUGGAAAUCAAGUUUCGAUUCUUCUCUGAGUUAUGAGGAGAGGGAAAGAAGGCGGAAACAGGCAAAUGCUAGGGCAUUUUUUGUGCAGGACCUGCUUCUUUCAACUCUUUUCGGUGAUUAAUUGAAGCAGGGAUGGAUCGACUGUUGGCAAAUGGAUCAUCGGUGAUUCCAAUUGCCUUCAAAUGCAUAAACUAUGAACAAAUGUUUCUUGGUAAAUCUAUUUUUAUCAUAGGCAGUUCUGGGGUCCCAACGGCUUAGGAGUUUCUAUUGAUGUUUAAGGGACAGCCCAGUUCAGCCCUUUCCUAUGUUUAUCUUGAGGCAGUUCCCUUUUUUUUUUUUUUCUGAGGUUGUUAUCUUAAGGCAGUGUUGGUGGAGUCUUCCAUGGAUGCUGCCUCUUGAGAUGUACCAAAGUGGAUGCUCAGCGAGUAAUCUGGCCAUCAUAAAUAUUGUUGGUUUUAACUUUCUGAGGGGAAUCCCCUUUUUUUA